CGCAGUCGGUUACCGGCAUUUCGACACGCGUUACCGGUGCACACAACGUAGUCGGAAAUACCGCGAGAACGUGCGCAUACACUUACAAGCACACAAAUACCUACACACAAAAACACACACACACACACACACACACACACACAUACACACACUAUUUUGUUUCGCUGUUGUCAAUAAGCACAUCUCGUGGAAUAAGUCGAAGAACUAUUACCGUUAUACCGUCAUCACCCGAUUGCACGGGAGUACACACGACACGGCGUCAAGCUGCGGUUCAGUAGCCGCGCACGGGAGAGCCGACGGGUAACGACUAACCACCGAUGAACGUGUCAACGACGGCGGCGGCGGCGGCGGCGGCGGAAGCGGUGGCCGAUGCGUUCGACGACAACGAGUACGUGCCGUACUCGAACCGGCCGGAGACGUACAUCGUGCCCGUGGUGUUCGCUAUGAUAUUCGUCGUGGGCGUUCUCGGCAAUGGCACGCUCGUGCUGGUGUUCAUCCGGCACCGGAGCAUGCGCAACGUGCCCAACACGUACAUACUGAGCCUGGCGCUAGGCGACCUGCUGGUGAUCAUCACGUGCGUGCCGUUCACAUCCACCGUGUACACGGUCGAGUCGUGGCCGUACGGCGAGCUCAUUUGCAAACUCAGCGAAGCCACCAAAGACGUGUCCAUCGGCGUGUCCGUGUUCACGCUGACCGCGCUCAGCGCUGAGAGGUACUGUGCCAUCGUGAACCCCAUCCGGCGUCACGUAUCGUCCAAACCGUUCACGUUGAUCACGGCCGUGGCCAUAUGGAUACUGGCCGUGGUGCUGGCUACACCGGCAGCCACGUUCUCGCACGUAGCAACCGAGUCGAUACCGACGACGAACAUGACAAUCGAGUACUGCUACCCAUUUCCUAGGUCACUGGGCGGCGGCUACGCGAAAGGAAUGGUCAUAUUCAAGGUGCUCGCGUACUACGUGGUGCCGUUAUGCGUGAUCGGAUGCUUCUACUUCCUGAUGGCUCACCACCUUAUGGUGUCCACGCGCAACAUGCCGGGCGAACUGCAACACACCGGCCAGUCGGGCCAGAUCCGUGCACGCAAGAAGGUGGCCAAGAUGGUGCUGUCAUUUGUCAUCAUCUUCAUGAUCAGCUUCCUGCCGUAUCACGUGUUCAUGGUGUGGUUCCACUUUUACCCGUACUCGCGGGACGCAUACGAUGACUACUGGCAUGCGUUCCGUAUCGUCGGCUUCUGCCUGAGCUUUAUUAACUCGUGCGUGAACCCGGUUGCGCUCUACUUCAUCAGCGGCGUGUUCCGCAAGCACUUCAACCGGUACCUAUUCUGCUGGUGCCCAUUCGUCCGGUCCGUCACCACCGCCGUCGAGUCCACCGCACAGGACAUCAACCUGACGCACGUCAACAGCACAUCGUGCCGUCGCCACAACUCGGUCGUCACUAGCCAAAUGACGUUCAACCAGACAUGACGGACGGGCCCGGGCAGGCCCAAGACCGCUGCAGCUACCGCCGAGAAAUGUCGCGAGGACUGCAUAGUUGUCUAAUUCACCCGCCCUAAUCCAUUAUCAGUCGAUGAAUGAGAAAUUUGAUUUUUUUUCCCCAUCACUUAAUUCUGUAUCCUACCUAUCACCACCACCAUCUUCGUGUAAAGCUCAUACCAAUAGAGUUAAACCCCGUUGGCUGGUGACGUUAGAACCACGUCUCGCGAAUGAAGUGGUCCAAUGUUUAAGAAUACUUAUACCGGCAGUCGACAGAGUACAGCUCACGCGCACCUAACACAUGUUACAUCUUAUGAUAUUUUUGGUGAACGGUAGUGAUACCUUAUGUAAAAAAAUAUUUGACAACUGUACAUUUUUCAGAGUUCGUCGCCACUAGCUGCUGCCGCCUCACAAUUAUUCGACCAUCGCAUAUGAACCGAGCUUAUUUAUAUGUAUCGUGUUUGGUAACAACGCACUAUAAUAUACUGUACAUAAUAUGUAUAUAUAUAUAUAUAUAUCAAUUUACAAUUUAACGCAAUUAACAAUCAUAAUUUAAUAUUGAAAUGCUACAAAUAUCCAAUCACCUGCGAUGAAAAGGACCUCAUGGAAGAUCGAAUCAUAACGCAAAUGAAUAUGACCUAAAUAACUUAUGAUUUGGACAGCGGAUAGACAACUUCUAAUGUAGCCGCAAAUAAGUUACCACUACCUAUACACCUGUUUCUACGCUAUAUUGUUUCUGUACAAUCCUAGUUAUAACCAGAAUAACAAUAAUAGCAUGAAUUUUAAAUAUAGUUUUCAACAAAUAAUCUACGAUCGUUAAAUACUCCGUAUAGGUAUCGAUUCAUUUCCAAUUUAUCGUACUUCGCUUUCCACAAUCUCUUCCAUAAAAAUUUUCACCCGGAUAUAAAUUCUAAAUCGAUCACCGUGUGUUACGCUCGACUAUCACAUUUCCGCAUAUUUUCAUUCCACUGUUCUGUUCCACUCUUCGUCACAAAGAAAUGCACGAGUUAGAACGGUAUAACAAUAAUAAAAAUAACAACAAUAUAACAAAAAUAAUAAAAAUAAUAUACUGUAACUUAACAAAGUGUUUGUUCGAUUUGCGCUGUCAAACGAGUGUUUUGCAUUGGUUAGAAUUUAAAUUCUAAACGGGCCGAUCACGAUUUCCAUAUCAUUAUUAUUAUUAUUAUCAUCGUCGUCGUUGAAUAGUUAUGGUCGUAACCAUGGUCUGUUAUAUCGUGCACGUACCGAUCGUUGUUGUUGUCUUCAAACCGUUAAAAAGAAAGGAGGAGACGUAUUACCAAUGCUACGGCGUAUCAUCGUCUUAUCGCAAAACUAAAGCGUAAAGUUCACUUACCCCUCCAUGGGGAAAAUCAAACUGAAUAAUAUUAUAAAACGUACGUGGUGUACAUAUGUGCAUAUUAUGUGUACAUUUCAAAUUAUUUUGUUUAUUUAGGGUAUGGCUUGUAUGUAGUAGAUUUAUAACAUUAUCACACAAUAAAGUAUAUGUAAGACAAAAAUAAAACAAAAGUAAAAGUAAGAACAACAAAAACAACAGUAAUAAUAACAUUGAUAAUAGGUAGUAAUAAAUAAUUAAAUAUAACGACUUCCUUUUUACAAUUUAUGGAGUUAUAAGUUCAAUGGUAGCCUAACCAAUCUUUCCGAAGCUCCGUCUUCUAAAUUGUGGAGAUUAACCAUUACUCCUUCGAAAGAAUACAAGGGGCAUUUCUCUCCAAUAUGUGCUAUCGUCUGUUUUGGAAUUUUCACUUUGGCAACUACUUGACGUUCCUAACCCCCAUUUUCUCAUAAAAUAUGGAUAACAUCCGGAACUAAAUCAAAAUCUGUUCAGGAGUAACUACCCAUUGUUUUCUGGGGAAAUCGAGUUCAGGCAGUCGGUUGUUGGAAUCACGAAUUAAAUAGUUAUUUCUAGGUGGCUCUUUAGUAAUCAAUCGAUUUAUUUGCUACUUUGAACUUAUAUAAAUAAAUAUUUUUAAUUCUAUUCCAUGCAGGGUUCCUCGAUUUUAGUCUCAUAAAUAGAGGAGGUCAAUAAUUGAACGAAAUGGAAUGCUAGGAUUUUCUAGUUAGUUUUUCAAUUCUUUCCCGAAUGUCUACUUUAUUUUUAAGCUUUUAGGGAUAAUAUUUUCCAUAAUAGAUAGCCAAGCAAGAGAAAUUAAUUUUAAAGACUCGGAGAUUUAAUUAACAAUGCAUCAUUAACUCAGCUGAACGUCAAUUUUUUCCAUUUUAGCGAAACAGACACAAAAUACUCUAUCGUUGAUAAUACCAACGCCAAAACCAAGGUUCGCAAAGUCUCAGUAUUUUCACUUCAUUUACUACCUGUCAGCUUAGUGAUUAUGUUAUUUCUAAUAUUAAUUUUUUUUUUUUUGCUGUUUCCCAAAAGUCUCUUAUAAAUCUAUGUUCUAUCCAGAGUAACUCCAAGGUACUUAAAAGUAAAUUUAUGCUUUAUACUCAGAUCAUUUGACUUUAUUUUCAUUUCAACGUUAUCUUCCUUAACCUAUCGCUGCUUAUAUUUUGCACUCGAAUUUAUUUCUACGAAACGAUUUUCUAAUAAGAAUAAAAAUGUGAUAAUAUACUGAUAUAUCAUCCGUACGGAGCAUCCGAGUUGAGUCCCGAGUACUAGGCGCUAAUCACAGGUACUAGUUGGGUCCCAGAUUUUUAUAGAUACUACACUAGUUGGGUCCUGAAUUAUUUUAGGUAUAACAC